UCAUUGGCAGCCAGGACGCGCAGUGGUGGCGCACGUAUCUGCAGCAUCUCAAUGGCGAAUGGUGGCUACACAUGCCGUGGACGUUUACGGUGCAUAGCCGAUACGUCAGAGACGUGAUGACGGAGAAACGGAAGCCUAUUCCGCGGAUUAUGCAGUGAAAGCGAUGCGAUGCUUUAUGCGACUUUGACUCAGCGGAAGUUUUUGGCCAGGAAAACUCGGCGAGCCGAGGCUUUGGGGGCGUUUUUGUCGAUCGGGAGGCCCGGCGAAGGUGGGCUGAUUUACGGACCUUGUCUGACCGGCGAGGAUGCCGGACAGCCCGGCGUUGGGGGGAUUAUUCAUUAACGGCAAGUCUUUUUUCAUGUGAUUGAUGAUUUGUUUGUGCAGGGUGUAUUUGCAUUUUGCAUCAAAGGUAUAUACAUUUGGGAGAAGAUUGGUGCAUGCACUUUGCGAGGCUUAUAUUACAUGGAUAUGCGUGUAUGAAGCAUUGGACGGGGCAUUUACAUGGAGUAGAUAUUUCUUCUUCUUUUCUUUUCUUUUCUAUUUUUAGCAGGUAUGGCAUUUGGGUGCAUAUUACGCUUGAUGGGUGUUUAUUAUAGAUGAGCUUGCAUGGCGUGGACGUUAUUUUAUGGAGCUCUUGAUACGUAUAUAUUAUAUAUUCCUGUUG